AUGGGUGCAGCGGAAAAAGUAACCUUAUGUCGGAUAAGACUAUCAAUGAACUCACCAUAUACGAAGACUUGGGCUCAUCAACGACUCUCAGAGAGGUCUUCGCGCAUUUGGGUCACGCCUUUGGUAGGAGGACAUUGUGGUUAUUAUCAGAUAAGCGCUGAGGAUCCACUGGUGCGAAUCAGUUUCAAGGAGGUUUAUGACCAGUCUCAUCGGGUAGCCAGUUUUCUUUCUCAGAGGGGGUACGCUCAUGAAGAUGUGUGCUGUCAGGUGUUGCCGAACUGCUUCCACUACGCGGUUUUCUACUUAGGAGCGUUGCUGGCUGGUGGUGUGAUGUCUGGUGCGAGUGCACUGAGCACCGAAUAUGAACUGAAGCGCCAGUUUCUCGAUUCGUGUUGUAAAGUUGUCAUCACGAACUACGCAAACGUGAACAAAGUGCUUCUUGCAGUUAAGGAAUGCCCUAAGGUAGAGAGAAAGAAGAAUGUUAUUUUCUAUCCUGAUGAUACUGCUCUUCUACCGUACUCAAGUGGAACCACGGGUAUGCAGAAAGGUGUGAUGCUCAGUCACAAGAAUUUCUCUACUAUGCUGGAUAUUUUCAACAAGCACUGUGAGGACCAUGUUCUCUGGAAGCUAGGAGAGUCGGGCUGGGAUUACCACAAGGAAAAUUUGUUGCUCAUGCUUCCUUUCUACCACAUAUACGGUUUUGGAAUGAUGAACCACGUUUUAUGCAAUGGAUCCACAGGCAUUGUCUUGAGCAAAUUCGAUCCGGUCGUAUUUUUGGAAGCCAUCCAAACGUAUAAGCCGAAAAUGAUAAUGGUGGUGCCGCCCAUUCUGCUGUUUCUCACCAAACACCCGAUGACUGCCAAGUACGAUCUCUCGUCAGUUCAUUUCGUUUUCAGUGGAGCUGCUCCACUGGGAAAAGAUCUUUGCGAUGAAUUCCUCAGAAAAUACAAGCAUGUACGAUAUCUGGCUCAAGGCUACGGAAUGACCGAAUGCAGUAUGGCAUCGCAUCUACCACCGCUCGACUCAAGAAUGAACUUCAACAAUAUUGGAAUGCUAGCCUCAACUUAUGAGCAGAAGAUAGUCUCGAAAACUGGAGAGGCGCUUCCAAUUGGUGAACCAGGAGAGCUCUGCAUCAGAGGCCCGACAAUCAUGAAGGGUUAUCUGGGUAGCCCAGAAGAAACAGCUCAAGCAGUUGAUAAUGAAGGAUGGCUUCAUACAGGUGAUUUUGGUUUCAUGGACGACAAAGGUCAAAUGCACAUACUUGAUCGAGUAAAAGAACUAAUCAAAGUGAAAGGACUACAGGAUAAAUACGAAUCCGUCGUAUUAUUUAAAAUACGGCACUGUGUUUUAGGAAAGGUCUCACCUCAUAAGUUUCUCACCGGCGGUGUGGUUUUCAUUUCGGAAAUUCCAAAGUCACCGUCUGGAAAAAUCAUUCGACGUAUUCUACGAGAUCAAGGCGCGAAGGAUAUGUCAUCCAAACCACAGUGA